AUGGAGGCCCUGCAGAGGCAGCAGGCAGCUCGGCUGGCCCGGGGAGUGAGGCAAUUGGCCCCGCCCUGCCCUCCACCACCAAGACCUCCCCUGCCUGGACCCCGGACCCUGCAGGCCCCGGACAGGGCCUUGGGUGAGGCUGGGGCUGAGGAAGAGGAGGAUGCUGAAGAGGAGAAGGAAGGGGAGGAAGCUGGUGCAGACGAGGAGGCAGCAGAGGAGAGCCUUCUGGGGGCCCAGGGCCCCAGCUCUCCAGCCAGCCAGCUCCCUGGACCCCAUCCCCAUGAGUGGACCUACGAGGAACAGUUCAAGCAGCUGUACGAACUUGAUGCAGAUCCCAAGAGGAAGGAAUUUCUGGAUGACCUGUUUAGCUUCAUGCAGAAGAGGGGGACGCCAGUGAACCGCGUACCCAUCAUGGCGAAGCAGGUGCUGGACCUGUACGCGCUGUUUCGCCUAGUGACCGCUAAGGGCGGGCUGGUGGAAGUCAUCAACCGCAAGGUGUGGCGGGAGGUCACGCGAGGCCUCAGUCUACCCACCACCAUCACCUCAGCCGCCUUCACUCUACGCACCCAAUAUAUGAAGUACCUGUACCCGUACGAGUGCGAGACGCGAGCGCUCAGCUCGCCGGGGGAGCUCCAGGCCGCUAUCGACAGCAAUCGGCGCGAGGGCCGUCGCCCGGCUUACAGCGCCACCCAGCUCUACGGUUUGGCCGGGCCGCCCCCUCGGGGCGCUCGGGGCCCCGCCUCGGCGCCUGGCCCCGCCCCACCUGCGCCCCACCCAGGCCCUGCCCAGAGCUCCGCCUCUGGCUUGCCUGCCCACGCGUGCGCCCAGCUGAGCCCGAGCCCCAUUAAGAAAGAGGAGAGUGGAAUUCCCACCCCUUGCGUGGCAUUGCCUGUGGGUCUGGCCCUGGGACCUGUGAGGGAGAAGUUGGCACCAGAGGAGCCUCCGGAGAAGAGGGCUGUGCUGAUGGGGCCUAUGGACCCACCUCGACCUGGCGCACCCCCCAGUUUUCUGCCCUGUGGCAAGGUCCCCCUGAGGGAAGAGCGGCUGGAUGGGCCUCUCAAUCUGGCGGGCAGUGGCAUCAGCAGUAUCAACAUGGCCCUAGAGAUCAACGGGGUGGUCUACACUGGUGUCCUCUUUGCCCGCCGCCAGCCGGUGCCAGCUUCCCAGGGCCCAAACAACCCUGCACCCCAGCCCGCUACAGGACCCCUUUCCAGGGCCUCACCCUGA